AUGGAUGACAAGUCAAUUGAUUUAAGAGGAAGCCAGAUUGAGAAACUGAUGGACAUAAAGCAAAAAGCCAGUGAAAUUAAGCAUGCUUAAGAAUAGAUAUAAAAUGGUUGGAGAUAAAUGGCCCGGCCUUUAGUGGGGAUGCCCAUAUGUAUACCGAGAUGGUAUUGGUGCAAUGACAGCCCCAGCUAUAAUCAGUAGCCCUAAAGCAAGUUAGGAUCCGUUCAUCUGGCUUUGAUGCAAUAUACAGUUUGUUUUUUUUUUUUUAAAGUGCUCAGCCAGUAAUGAGGCAAGGCUAUAUUCCUGCCGAACUGCUUCUGUGUCGCCUAGAAAAGCGAAAGUUGCUGAGCUCUUACUCAGGAUGAUCGAAAGGAGAGAUUUAAGACAAGAUGAAUGGGGAUCUCUCAGCUAAAAGGCCUCCUUAUUGGAGAUUUGGACUUGGGAACAGACAGGGCAUUAUAAACUUGGCCGGUCUUGCAAGUUGAAAAUGGAGCUGCUUACAAAAUCCUUUUGGAUCAAAACGAAGAGCUCUGCCAAUCUGCAGAUAAAUGGGAUUUUCGACCUGGCUUGUGGCAUUUGCUUUAUGCCAGCCGCAAGACUUCACGACAGAACGGAUAAUCGUUAUAAUUAUCGUUAUAUAUAGUUAAUUUCUGAUCAGAAUUAAUGAUCGGCAUACCGCUCAGAACGAUCAAACUCACCCUAAUAUGUCACCGGCUAUGUCUCAGCUACUUACGGACUUGCUGUACGGUUCCUAUCAUACAGAUUUCAGAUUCUUCUCUCGGUUGUUGCUGGUGGCACGCAGACGGCUUGAGCUAGAGUGCGUAAGUUUGGGACUUGCUCACCACCUGCUCCAUUUGAGCCUUCACUGAUUAUGCUACAACCGCUUUUGUCUUGGCUCUCUUCAGGAUGCCAGGCCAGGUACUGAGGUAGGCAAAACCCUUUUAGCAGGGCAAAACCCACCUGCAGAGAGAAAAGUGUGAUCAAGUAGAAACUUUAAAUACGUUUGCAAUUCAAGCAUGCUUUAGAAGGAAUUAGACUAGACGGAACAAUGAAAUGGUCAGAUAUUUUAAGGAUAUAUUCUUUGGCUGCAGCAAAUUUACAUUAUUUACAAGGAAAGCUUACUUCAGCUUUAGAUCAUAUUGUAAUAGUGCCUGAUUUCAAUACACAUGAAGAUCCUGAAUAUAUUCCUAACAUAAUCUCGAGUUGACUUCUAGAUGAAGUUGACUCAGCUCAAAAGCAAGCCAUUCAAGUUUAUUCAAAUAAUGCUCGAAUUCCAAAUGACGCUGAAGAAAUGGCUUAUCAUUUUAAUAGCUUUUGUCAUGAGCUUCGAGAAAGAUUAAAUAGUAAGAUAAUAUAA